AUGCCUCUAUUUCGGUUGAAGACGGUGUUCCCGUUGCUUGCUCUGGUGACCAUCGGAAUCUUCUUCUUUUGCAUGGAACGCUACGACCGAUCAGCCUUCCUGCGAUUCAAACGUCCCACUGAUAGGGCCCCCGGUGGUGGGAAUAGGCCACCUCAAGUACAAACGCCCCCACAAUCUGAUUCGCAACAGCCGGCCAGCGCUACAUGCGAAGUUGACCCGAAACUGGCCGCUCCUCUGCCCUUCCCUGAAUGGCUCCCGCGCAAGAACUACACCCGUGCCUACUUCCGUCCUCGCCAUGUGAAUCCUCGUACCGAAUUCCACACUUUGGAGGAAAUUGAGAAGCCAGUGAUCCCGCCCAUGGUUAUCAUGGAGCGUGGUAUGGUCGUUUCUCCCGAGAACAAGCCGGAGAGCUUUGUCUGCCCCGAGAUCAUCGAUGUUGAUGUGGCCGCUGAUGACGAUGUUGAGGAGACCUCGAAGCUUCUGUUUGGCCUUGCCACUACCGUCGAUCGUCUGGACCGCCUGCUUCCCUCUCUGCUUUACUCAUACGGAAACACCAAGGCCGGCCUGCUUGUUCUGGUUCCUGAAUCAGAUGAUGACUUGGAGAAACAAGAGACUUACUUCCGCAACCGCGGUUUGGACUUGACCCUCAAGGCGUCUCCGCUUGAGUUCACUGCUCGUUACUUCGGUAUGGUCGAGGCAUUCAGUGAGCACAUUCGCAAGCACCGCCCGAACACCAAAUGGGUUGGAUUUAGUGACGAUGAUACGUUCUUCUUGUCUCUUCCCACUAUUGCCGAGGAACUGAAGCUUUUCGAUGAGACCAGGAAGCACUAUAUUGGAUCUUUGUCUGAGGCCAGCUGGCAGGUCGAUACUUUCGGUCACAUUGCCUUCGGCGGUGCCGGUGUAUUUGUCUCGAAGCCUCUCCUGGAUGUCUUGAUGGACAACUACGAUGAAUGUCAGUCGUGGGGUGAGCAGCCCGGUGAUCAGAAGCUUGGCCAGUGCAUUCAGCGCUUUGGCGAAACCCCUCUGACUCUCUGGCCCUCCCUCUACCAAAUGGACAUGGCAGAUCCCGUUGAUGGUGUCUAUGAAUCCGGUCGCAAGAUCGAGUCCAUGCACCACUGGAACAGCUGGUACACCAAGGACGUGGUUAAGAUGACCACCGUUGCUGCUGCAGCGGGCCGCAAGUCUGUCCUGCGCCGCUGGGUGUUUGAUCAGGAGGAGAGUGUGAAUCCCGCUACUGGCGAGACUCUCCGUCACUUCUGGGUCAUGACCAACGGCUAUUCGCUGGUCAAAUACACAUACGGAGAGAAUGUGCCGGACGAUGCUAUCAAUUUCGAUGCCACUGAAAAGACUUGGCCGGAAGACCCUCGCGGCUAUGAAAACCGCCUAGGUCCCCUGCGUCCCGCAGAGGAAGACGGCGUUGCUAAGGACCGAUGGUUGCUCCGUGACGCGUUUGUGGUUGGUGACAACGUGCACCAAUUCUACGUUCGCGAGGAAGAUGAGGGCCACAGCGUGAUUGAGAUCGUCUGGCUCGGUCCUAAGGGCGGCGGUGGCGGCGGUGUAACUGACCAUUACCUUCAAGGCACUUUCCAGCAAUAA